AUGAUAAAACUUAUAAGGCCGCGUAUUCGCUUACUCCAUCUUAGAAGAAGCCAGUCGCCUACACGUUUUGACUCUUUCCAAACCAGGCCAAACUUUGUUCACUCAUUUUCAAAAUCAUAUGCAACCGCAUCUGGGGAAGCAAGCUUACUCAAACCCAAAACACAAAGGUCCAAAAAGUUCUUCAAGUAUUUCGCAGUUGGUGUCGGCAUUGGAAUAGGUGGAUCAGCUUUGUAUUAUAUUAAUGAUGACUUUAAACACAUAGUAUUGACAGUAGAUCGUGUGAGUGUCGUCACUGUCGCCAUGGUGCGUUGUUUUGCAUUAUACAAAGAAACGCUAGGGCAAGAGUACGAUUCUGCAACUGCUCGUCAAAAUGCCUUAUCCAAGACCCAUAAAAAGGCGGCUGAAAUAACCUUGAAAGCGUUGGAGAAAAAUGGUGGUAUUUAUAUUAAAUUGGGACAACACAUCACUGCCUUGACGUAUUUACUACCUCGCGAAUGGACAGACACUAUGAUUCCGUUGCAAGACAAAUGCCCUCGAUCUUCAAUGGAGGAAAUUGAAAAUUUGUUUGAAUCUGAUUUAGGAGUCAAACUUGAUGAUAUGUUUAUUGAAUUCGAUCCAAACCCCGUUGGGGUUGCGAGUUUGGCUCAAGUGCACAUUGCAAAAUUGCGUGAAAAUGGACAAAAGGUUGCUGUUAAAAUACAACACCCUAGCUUGAAAGAGUUCGUACCUUUGGAUGUUAAAUUAACCAAGCUAGUGUUUGACUUGAUGUACAAAGCAUUCCCCGAAUAUCCAUUAACAUGGUUAGGUGAAGAAAUGCAAAACUCGAUAUUUGUUGAGCUUGAUUUUACCAAAGAGGCAGCCAAUGCCGAAAGAACCGCAAAACAUUUCAAAGAUUUCACUUAUUUAAAGAUUCCAGAUGUUAUAGAAGCCGACAAAAGAAUUUUAAUCAUGGAAUAUGUAGCUGGGUCACGGUUAGACAAUUUGGAAUAUUAUGAGGACAAUCACAUAGACACAUCCAAAGUUAGUGCUUGCUUAACCCAUAUUUUCAACGAAAUGAUCUUCAGGCCUGAUGUUGGUUUACAUUGUGAUCCUCAUGGUGGUAACUUGGCCAUAAGAAAAGUCGAGCCACGCAAUGGAUAUGAUUUUGAGAUUAUUCUCUAUGACCACGGGCUAUACAGGGAUAUUCCCUUGCAAAUGAAACGUGACUACGCUCAUUUUUGGCUAGCUGUGUUGGACAAUGAUAUACCAGGGAUGAAAAAGUAUGCCAAAGUAUUUGCUGGAGUUGAAGGUGAACAGAAAUUUAAAAUUUUUGUCAGCGCAAUCACCGGUAGAGCCCCUAAUGCGGUGUUGAAUAAGGAAAUUAAAUCCAGAAGAUCAAAAGCCGAAAUCGAAGAAAUACAAUCGCAAAUCAAUAAUCAGAACCUGGGUGUUUUAGAGGAUUUGAUGGAUAUAUUAUCCAACAUGCCUAGAAUGAUUUUAUUAAUCUUGAAAACUAACGACUUAACUAGAAACUUGGAUGAGAACUUGCAAUCGGAUUUAGGUCCUGAACGUACAUUUUUGAUUAUGGCCAAUUAUUGUGCGCGCACAAUCUAUGAGGAAGCUAUUGAUAUCAUUAAUCUCAAAUUUAAGGGAAUCACAUGGGCAUUUGAGAGAUUCGUUAAUUGGAUUGAUUAUCACAAGCGGUUGAGUACCUUGUAUAUAUAUGAUCUUGUAUUGAAAUUUCAAAAUGCAAGACAUUGA